AUGGCCGCCGCGCCGAUAACGACUACAAACAUCGGCGCGAUGCCGUUCAUGAACAUGUCGGGACUCUGCAGCCUCGCCAUAUUCGACUCGGCCGCGCUCGACCCCAACUUCUCGCCCCCCACCACAACAGUCAUGCUUCAGCGCGACCAGAUAGCCACCGUGGCGGACCAGGGCGGCUCCAGCGGCAGAACCUGCCUCCCGCGCGCGUACUGGAGCGCGGCGAUUGCGAACCAGAACCCAGUCUUCUCCCCGGCAACGGCGUGUCCGGACGGCUACGCACCCGCGUGCACAUCGGUGGCCCCGGGCGUCGUCCUUUCCGCCGCCGUGACGGUGCAGGUGUGGCCGCCCCUGGCAAGUGGCGACAUUGCCAUCGGCUGCUGUCCUAGCGGCUAUGAUUGCGACAGGGUGGCGCGGGGCUAUGGCUGUGUAUCAACUUUUGAGCGCGGUCACACCACAGUGGUGCCAGACCCGUAUAAAGGCGGAAAUAUCACCUCAUUUCAGGCCGAUGCGUCUACGACAGUCAUUGUGAGCGCGAUCAAAGUGGUUUACGUGCCCGAACGACAGGCGUCCAGUCCGGCACCCAGCCGUUCACCCAGCCCGUCACCCAGCCCGACACCUACGCCAGCCCAGUCAAAACCUGCUGCUGGCCUGUCCACGGGUCAAAAAGCAGCCAUAGGAGUCUGUGCUCCUGUUGGCGUGAUCGGACUUGUGCUUGCUCUCUUCUUUCUCCAUCGCCGCCGGCGCCUCCGGACCGCAAGCGACAAAGCCGGAGCAGAGGCCGCUGCUGAUGCCUCCAGGCGGCCUGAGCUCGACGGCUCCGGCGGGAAACACGAGGCGCCAAAUGAACCGUCGCGAGUAGCAGGCGGCGAGAGCGUCUCUGCAUCGCCAGUAGAGCUGCCUGGGCCCGAGAAAGACAUCCCCGCGUGCCGCGAGAUUGCCGAGCUGCCAGCCAGUGAUGCGGAUGUUUCCCCCUCUGCCCCAAACCCACAACCACCAACCAUUCGCAGGAAGCCCAUCAAUUAG